UGUUGCGUCGCGGAAUGAUGACGUUAACAGCACAACAAAACCCAAUGGCUGUCGGUGCAAGGAAACAGAAUGGAGGACUAAAACAUUCCUUCUGGGACGUCCUCAGGCUGUCAAGUGCAAACAGCUGCCAAUGUAUAUGAGACAUUUUGCCAGGUUCUAUUCAGCUAUGGCUGGACCCAGGCCUGUGGUGCUGAGCGGCCCAUCCGGGACGGGGAAAAGCACUCUGUACAAGAAGCUGAUGAAGGAAUACAGCAGCGUCUUUGGCUUCAGCGUCUCACAUACAACUAGAAAUCCGCGACCCGGAGAAGUGAAUGGCAAAGAUUACCACUACGUCACGCGGGAAGCCAUGCAGGCCGCCAUCAACAAGGGCGAUUUCAUCGAGAACGCAGAGUUUUCCGGGAACUUGUACGGGACGAGUAAAGCGGCCGUGCAAGACGUUAAGGACCGCAACCUCAUCUGUAUACUGGAUAUAGACAUGCAGGGGGUGAGGAACAUCAAGAGAACCGACCUCAAUCCUAUUUACAUCUCCAUCCAACCUCCGUCUUUGGACAUCCUGGAAACCCGUUUAAGAGACCGAAAAACAGAGUCAGAGGAAAACCUUCAGAAGCGCUUGAACGCAGCUAAAGCGGAAAUCGAAUUUAGUAAAGAAGCUGGCGUGUUUGACCUCGUCAUCGUCAACGACAACCUGGAUGACGCUUAUGAGCAGCUAAGAGAUGCUCUUCUGGAGGAAAUCCACGGGGUCAAGAAAAUCAACUUGUCCUCGUAGGAGAAGGACAUCAUAACGCCAUUUCUAAGCCACUCCUCACUAAAACCUCUACUACUCUUGUUGUGAACAUUCCAGCCAUAGAGGUGGUCUAAAAAGCAAAACAAAGACAUCCCCUCUAAGUGGAAGAUGUAGGUUUACAUGGUAUUUAGACAUGUAGUUAUUACUCAGCAUUGUAAAGUGGAUCAUGUUUUUUUUUAACCUUUUUUUGUAUUUACACCUGUAUUGAAAAAAGCAUCAGCUAUUGUGUGAUAGGUUACUGGUGCAGUAUGCAGUAGGGGGUGUCGCAAAAAACAAUUCUGAUGUAAGCGCUCCAUUACAAGCAGUCCUGCAGUGUCUGCAAAGCUUGACAGCCAGUUCACUUCUAAAUGUCCUUCAAUAAGCACACACAGUUGGUGUUCUCUUGUAUUUUUAGUCAAGUCAUUUACAAGAACUAAACAUGAUAGGCUAUAGGCUACUAGCAGGUACACAACAGCUAAGCUCACAAGCUAGACAUACAUAAUAAGUGUCCUUAAAUGAACAAUAGUUCCUUCUAAAACACAUUUGUCAAUACAAACAAGUAUCAAAUAAUUAUAGUUGUGUUGUGUAUAACUUAUAGAUACAAAGUCUCCAAAGCAAAAGUAUGUUAAAGUCAUUCGACUUACUAUGUCAUGAGUUUUACUUAAUAAUUGUGGUCUAUAGCUGUUUCCAAAAAACAGAUAAAGACCGCAUAAGUCCAUUCCAGAUGAUUAAUUAUAAAUAAGUCAGUUUUUCGUACUGUUCUCCAAGUAAUUUCAGCCUUUUCUAACACUCCACAUUACACAAUAAUAAAAGAAUGUAUGAUAAAUGCUGAAAUUGUAUCUGCCAACAAUAGUUCUCCUAUCGGAAGUUGUAUUGGGACACCCCUAGUAUGCAGUCAUCAAAAUAUUUAUGGACUGAGGAAACACGUUACUGAAGUCAUUCCGACAUGUCGAAGAACUGGUCUGUGAGGCUCAGUCAGCCAUGUCGCUGUGGCACCGUGUUUACGGUCAAAGCCAUCAGCCACACGGAUGGUAAGCCAUUUACAUUACAUUUAAAGGGGAGCAUGUAAGUCAGAUGAAACCAUUUAUGUUUGAAUUCCAGGUAACACUUUCUUACUUUUGUAUUUCAUUUGCUAACUUAAGCUUUGUUUUAUUUUAAGAUAAUAGCCCAGAUGUUAUGUUUUACAAACAAGUGAGUGACAAUGUUGUGUUUAUUAGAGGAACUUUAAUAGAACAACUAAACAUGUUUUUACUGUGGUAUAACUGCCGGCAGACUCAGACUCAACAUGUGUGUGCAUUAUUAUUUAAUAUUUUACCAAAACAAGUCACUUGGUUCCCUCAUGACAACCCAUUUAUAUUUUGUGGGUAUUAAAACAAUAAAUGUA